UUGGCAGCGGUGAGCUGAGCUGGACUUCUUCUCGUCGGUCGUUGUGCAAGGAGCGACACGGUCCAGGAGCCGGAGCCCAGCAUCAACAAGGAAACCUCAGAGACUCAGACAGCCUCACAGACACCACGAUGAUCCGGAUAGCCGCCUUCCUCGCUCUGCUGGUGGUCGCCUGCUCGGGAGAGAGCUGCACAGACCCAGUGAUCACUCCGUCGGCCUACACCACGUCUGACGCCGUCAUCUCUUCCGAGUCUGUCUUCAUCGUUGAACUCAGCCUGGCAUGUGCCAACGGAGCACAGAGUGUAACUCUGUACGCUGAUGUCAAUGGGAGACAGUUCCCUGUGACCAGAGGCCAGGAUGUUGGCAAGUACCAGGUGUCCUGGAGUCUUCCUCACAAACAGGCCAGCUCUGGAACAUAUCAGGUCAAAUUCUUUGAUGAGGAGUCCUACAGCGCCCUGCGCAAGGCCCAGAGAAAUAAUGAAGAUGUAAACGCCAUUCAGCCUCUCUUCUCCGUCAAUAUUGACCACAGGGGUGCGUGGAAUGGCCCGUGGGUGUCUACUGAGGUGGUGGCUGCCCUCAUCGGUAUCCUGGUGUAUUACAUGGCUUUCAGCGCCAAGAGCACCAUCCAAGCAUAAACGGAUCCACAUUCACUUUUUUCAACAACUGGAUCGUUAAAGACUGAAUUCUGGUGGAGCUCGAUCAACGGUCCAUCAUCCAGCGUUGUGGCAAGCCAACAGGAUUUUGCCACUUGAUCAGCUUUUGGAUGAGGAGCAGGAGUAGCAGUCUUUGUAUUGUUUUUAUUCAGACUGUGUCUGUGUGCCACCUGUCGUAUCUCUUUACAGACAUGAAUUUUGUCACGAGUUUGUCCUGUCAGUGUGGAAGAAAUUUUGUAAUUGUUUUUGGUAAAAUCAGACAAAUAUACCUGGACCACAAAAAUAAACAAAACAAAUAUAGAUGGUGUACUGUAUUCAGUCUUACUUCAAAGAUGAUGCUACAUCCAGACCAGACGAUCCUCUGUCCUUCGGUGUGGAUGCAUGUGGGACUUGUCCAGAUGUGGUCAACACCAACAGAGAAAGGUCAAGCCUGCAUAUGAAAUGUCAGUAAUGUGACUGCACUCGGCUGGCCUGAACAGGUCUGGUGGAUAUGUCUCUUCCAGUGAAACGAAUAAACGGCUUGUUUUUC